UCCUCUCUUCCGCCGCCAAAUAUGUUGUCUACUCUACCAUCGAAGAAUUCGUUGAACUUGUAAAAUCUCAUUCCCAACCUUUCUCAAGUUGAAAGGCAUUCCUCCAUCUCAUGGACAGGAAGUAGGUCAACCUAUUUUUAUAAAGAAUUCAUUUUGGUGGAAUGAUGGUUGGAUUAUCUGAUCAAUUUGAUAAUCGAAGAGAUAAUCUUCUCGAGCAAUUGCACUUGUCGGAAUGGGCGGCAUUGGAAAAACUACGAACAUCAAGGUAAUAAUUGUGAAUCAACUUCAUUACUACACUCGAUUACUCCUAAUAAGCUGAUAUCUCGGAUUGAAUUACUGAAUUUUUUCGUUACUGAUGCCCUCUGAUAUGAGAUUGAGUAAUUAGACUAAAUGCAUAAAUAAGAAAUAAGGAAUGUGUGUGUGGGUGAUUCAGUUUACGUGCUUUAUUAAACAAGAACUCUACCGUUUGAUUUAUGUGUUUGCAGAUUCAUAUCUAAUUUUGGCCCUAUAUUUAUGUAUUCAUAUAUAACUGAUCACUAUAUGAAUUGUUCUAAAAUUCUCUGUGCCUUUUCUCUUGCUUCUGAUUCUAUGUUCUAAAAUGUGUGUCUUGCAUUUUGGAGAUUUUUUUUUGUGAGAGGGCAUCGGAAUUCGAGGGGAUUAACAUACUUGAAUUUUAUUGGCAAUUUCUCUGCAAAACUGUGAACCAUAGAAUAGAUGAAUGAGAAUAUGAAAUUAAAUCUCCGUUUCCGAUUAUGUGUCCCACCUUGACAUUUUUAUAGGUGAAGGUUGACAUUGAGUUGACAUUAUAUUAACAUGUCAACUUCGUUUUUAGCGACAGGUGUGCAUAUUAUGACGAUGUUGUUUAGUUAAAUAAACAAUCAAUUUUACUCUCUCAAACCUAGGUCUGACAAUCAGACACGGACACACACACAAUUAAUGUGUUUGUGUUAAGCCUGACUGGAUUUGUGUCAUUAGUUAAACUCCAAAAAUUGACUCAUUCUGAACAGAAAUUUUUCGAGUUGGAUUAAUUUCACCAUUUUGGGCCAUCUCCUAAAAUUAGAAUAAACAACUAAACACUACUAAUUGUGUGGAUCUCACAAUCCAUUAACACUACGUACACUAUCUUUUCUCCUUCUCUCUCUUUUUUACCAACUAAACAUUAAAACCUGUGUUGUUUCAAAUGUGCUAUUUUUAUGGGACGAAGAGAGUAUAAUAUAAUUCAUUCAUUAGUGUUAGGUACCUUAAAGGUUAGUGAAUCCCGAAUCCACUAGUUCCAACUUCUCUAUUUCCCUCACAUUACUUUCUUUCCAUUUUCCUUGUAAUUUGAAAUCGCUGCCGCUCAUCGUUGGAGAGCUGGAGUCCGCUGCUAGGUGCCAUUGUUGUCGCCCGCGUCCUAGUUCUAGUAAGGUUUUUAUCUUCUAAUAAUAUAUGGAGUGGUAAUGAAGUUUUACCAAAAUUGUUAUAAAGAUUUCUACCAAACGAGAUAUAGUAUUAGAUAUUUAGAUGUUGAGCUUGGGCAUUCCAAAUUUGGUGUAAAGUUGUCUUCUAUAUUUUUGAAAUCAUCUUAUAAAUUUUGAAAGUUUUUUAGUUUGGAAAUUAGUUUAUACUUUGCAGAUUUAUUAAGGGCUAAUUGCCUGAAAAUUCAUGAACUUUCACAAAAGUUUAGUUUUUUCGUGAACUAUAAAUGUUGCUUUACAAGUCAUGAACUUUACCUUCGAGUACCGAUUUCCAAUAUCGGUUAUUCUAGCUAAGCAGUGUGUUAAUGUCGAUAUUUAUGCUGACGUGGAAGAUGAGUUGGCUGGUGAGUGUUUGGGGACAUGGAAAAUUUUAUUUUAUUUUAAUAAACAAAAGCAUUACACUUAUCCCCCAUCCCCAAAUCCCAAAAUUCACUAUCAAUUGAAACAAAACUCUAUCCAACGAAUUGGCAAAACCCAUCUGCGAUUCUUCUCAAGUGCUCCCAUCUUCUGCGGCGGUUACGGCGACGGUGACGAGGGCUACGGAAUCCGAUGGUGCCACCGACUCUGUAAGUCCUCCCAUCUUUAGUGACUCGUUUUUUUGUCGAGAAAAUCCAUAUAACUACUCAAGCUAAAUAAAAAUUGAUUGUUUCUAAAUGCAUAUCAGUUUUUAAUGAAAACGCUAUCGCCACACCGAUACGUAGCAUUUUUUUGUGGCGGCCGCCAUACCCGUGGCGAUCGUGGCGCCAUAGCGCUACCAUAUCCCGCAAUAGCGGUAUUUUAGCCCAAUGUUGACUUUUUGGUGCUAAUUUUGACUGUUAUUGGGCUUUUUAUUUUUUAAUUUAAUUUUGCAUAGACCCAAUCAGCCCACCCCAAUAAUUCUAAAUCCUAAUUCCACAACCCCAAUCUGCCGCCGCCUGUUGCAGCCUAGCCAGCACCCGCCAACACCCUCCAGCCCCACUCAGUGACUCAGCCACCGCCCAGCCAUACAGCCCCUCCUAUUCACAAUCUGCACCCUACAGCCCCUCCUAUUCACAAUCAUCCCCACUCACUGACUCAGCCACCGCCCAGCCACUUGACGCCGCCACCCCCGAGCCGCCGCCACCUACAGCAGCCGAGCACCUUCCAGCAACAGUCCAGCGACCAGCAGUCAGCUUUCCGACAAGAAUGUCUCAUGGAGAAGCUUCAACAGCUGCCACUAGUGGAAAAUGUUCGAAUAGAACUGAUCCGGGUUGGAAGUAUUGUUCUCCCAUUGAUGAAAAGUUGACUAGUAAAGUCAAAUGCAACUUUUGCAACAAAGAGAUGAACAGGGGCAUCACAAGAGCAAAAGAGCAUCUGAUGGGCAAGAAAGGAAAGGUUGCCCCAUGUCCUAGUUGUCCGAAACAGGUGCGAGAUGAGCUUUGGGAUCACUUCCAAUCCAAAAAAAAUUUUGGAAGCUCAGAUUUUGCGAAGUAUACAGAGUUUGUCGAUCUUGGUGGUACUGAUAGUACGAGUGGCAUUGGCAAUGCAGAUGAAGAUGCUACAGUAGUGAGAGGGCCGAUGGAUGCGUUUAUGAAAAGGGGUGCAGCUGCAAGUGCUGGAAAACUAAGCAAAGAGAAUAUGAGGCAACAGAAUGUGAAAGAAUCUCUUGAUAAAAAAGCUGUAGCACUAGUCCACCAGGAUAUUGCUCGGUUUUGGUAUCAUGCAGGCUUGUCGUUCAACGCUAUUCGGUUGCCGUACUUUGAUCGGAUGGUUAAAUCAAUUGGAGAAUUUGACAAGAAUUUGCCAGUUCCGAGCUAUCAUGACAUCAGAGUUCCUCUUUUGCACAAAGAGAUGGAACAUACUGAAGCAUUAUUUGAGAAAAAGAAGAAGGUAUGGACGGAGGUUGGUUGCUCGAUUAUGUCAGAUGGAUGGUCUGAUCGGAAACAGAGGAGUAUUAUUAACUUUUUAGUUAAUUCUCCUAGUGGAUCGGUAUUUAUUAGAUCUAUUGAUGCAUCUGGCAUUGUGAAGACAGGAGAAAAAAUAUUUGAGAUGCUUGAUUCUAUGGUUGAUGAAAUUGGUGAAGAAAAUGUUGUCCAAGUAGUAACAGACAACGGGAGUAAUUAUGUUGCAGCCGGGAAGUUGUUGAUGGCAAAGAGAGAGCAUCUUUAUUGGACUCCAUGUGCGGCACACUGUAUAGACCUAAUGCUCGAAGAUAUUGGUAAGAUUGUCGUGAUUAAGAAUACAAUUAAGAGGAGUAUGUAUUAGUCUUGUUGGCUAUAUUUAUAGUCAUGGUUAGUCCUUAAACUUGUUAAGGACUACCACAAACAAGGAGUUAGUGAGGCCGGCCAUCACUCGAUUUGCUACGUCCUAUCUAUCAUUGCAAAGGCUUCAAGAGGAAAGGGAGAACCUUAGGAAAAUGUUUACUUGUGAUGAGUGGAUGCAAAACAAGCUAUCAAAGGAGGCGAAGGGGAUCGAAGCAACAAAGACCGUCAUGAAGACUUCCUUUUGGAAUAAUGUCGUCUACAUUCUCAAAAUAAUGGGUCCCCUUGUAAGAGUGCUUAGAAUGGUGGAUGGUGAGAAGAAGGCAGCGAUGGGCUACAUCUAUGAGGCAA